AGGUUGCCAAUCCGAGCGCAGCCAAACCCAAACCCUCCUCCCUCCCGGCUCUCGACGGGCGACGGCGAUGGCCGCCGCGACAGAGAAGACGGCUGAGGACAUCCGCCGCGAGCUCCAGGAGCUCCAGCGUCAGCACCGCGAGAUCACCGAGCGCCUGCGCGACCCCCGUGGCCUUCGCCGCGGCGCCCCCGGCCCUGGUCCUGGACCCGGGGCCCCCCGCCCGCUCCGCGGCUUCGCGAGACCCGCUGUGGGUCCGGAAUCGGGGGAUCAACCUCCGCAGAAGCGUCGGCUGCUAUCAGCCGUAGUUAAGGUGGAUGGGGCUGAAAAUAACGAGGAAGGCACAAAGGAUGCGGAUGCGGAGGGGCAUGGGACAGGUUCAGGUGCCACUGAAGGCAGUGCCGGGAGGGGUUUCAACAAUGGCGGGUUCAGAAGGGAUGGUGGCUUGCGGAUGCAGAGGAGAGUGGACUAUAAUUCGCUGCCAGAGCCAGCUCCAAGGGAGCUUCCCAGGAAUGAGGACCCGAAUUUGGUGAGAAGAAAUAAGAGGAUGCUGGGGCAGCUUCUUGUCGGUACAUUAGAGAAAUUUCAACAAGAAGAUAAAAAACUAUCUAACUCCGAGGCUUUUCUGCGUAGAUCAGAGACUCAGCGAAAGGCUGAGCAAAAGGUCCGCGAAGAAAGUGAAAGGCUGCGACAGAAGGAACGUGAGCAAAUUGCAGAGAAGCGUAAGCGUGAUAUGACGCUUCGCGCUCGUGUAGCUGCUAAGGCGGAAGAAAAGAGGUUGGAGCUGUUGUACAUUCAGUGGACUGAGCACCAUAAAAGGCUGUCCAAUUUCUUAAGGACAAAAGCUGAACCACCUAUUUACUACAUGCCAACUAAACCAAUUAUUGACGAUCCAGCCAUUGUUGAACAGAACAAGGAAAAGGUAUUCGAAGAAUGGAAAUCUAUGCGCAGGGAUGAGCUGACUCGGUUCCAAAAGCAAGUUGAGGAGCAAUAUCUCUCAAAUGUGGAGAGGCAGCUGGAGAGGAUCCAGAAUGCCCGGAACGCUCGAAAGGCGAACGGGCAUGCUAACAUGCAAGAAAUGGACAAGGAGCUGGACACACACAGGGCGGAGCAUGGUCCGAAGACUCGGCGAGUUCCUGAGGAGGGCGGUAAUGAUGACGACGAAGACGCAGAGGACAUGGCUGCGGAAGACGAGGUGAUGGAUGAAGUUCUGGGCAUCAACGAUGGGAUCAACGAGGACCCAUCCAAGCCGUCCGAAGAAGCUACUACUGAAGGUGGUGAGCCUGCACCCGAGGAAGCACAAUAGGAUUCUUUGUUCACACAAGCUAGGCACAUAGCCGUACGUACCAUUCCGUAUGCUUAGUUGCCGUAUUGUUGGGAACUGUUUGUGCGUGUAUUUCUGUUAGACGUUCCCCGCUGGUUUAGGCUGUGUUUUAUAUUGCUGUUUUGUCUUUUUGAAUGUUGAGACCAUACAACUGUCGAUCAUUAUCUCAUAAUUGUUGUAAAAAUACUAUAAUUGAUACCUUGAUUUGGACGUCGGUGGCGUUAAA